CCCAGGGUCCCUGUGGACACGCCGGCCCGACCUGGAGCUGCCAGGUCGGGUCGCACUUGCGACGCUGCUCCCCGUCGGAUGCCCGGGCCUCGGACCAGGCACGCCUCUUGAACUCACGUUUAGUACAAUCGUUUCUUUUCGAAGAAGGGUUUUUCUCUCUUUCUUUUUUUCCUUUUGCGUUUUUGUUGACUUUACUUUUUCUUUCUUUUCUUUUUCUUUUCUUUUUUUUUUUUUUUUUUGAGAAGGGAAUCUGGGGUAGGGGGGACAAAAAGAAGAACCGCUCACCGGGGCAUCCAUAAAGGGCAUUAAGGGACCGCCGGCGGCGCGAAUCGGAGGUCUUGGGUCCAGAAUGGAUGUGGCAGACCCGCAGCAGCUGGGCAUGUUUACAGAGGGCGAGCUGAUGUCGGUGGGGAUGGACACAUUCAUCCACCGCAUCGACUCCACCGAGGUCAUCUACCAGCCCCGCCGCAAGCGCGAAGCUCUUGGCAAGUACCUCGUGGGGGGGCCUGCUGGGGGGGGUCUACGGCAAAGUGAGGGGUGCUGGACUCCGGAGACGUUGUGCAGGAGAGCCGUCAAAAUCCUCAAGAAAAAGAAGUUGAGAAGGAUCCCCAAUGGGGAAGCCAACGUAAAGAAGGAAAUUCAGUUGCUGCGGAGGUUGCGGCACAAAAACGUCAUCCAGCUCGUGGAUGUGCUGUACAAUGAGGAGAAGCAGAAGAUGUAUAUGGUCAUGGAGUACUGCGUGUGUGGCAUGCAGGAGAUGUUGGACAGUGUGCCCGAGAAGCGGUUCCCCGUAUGCCAGGCUCAUGGGUACUUUUGCCAGUUGGUGGAUGGUCUGGAGUACCUGCACAGCCAGGGCAUUGUGCAUAAGGAUAUCAAGCCGGGCAAUCUGCUGCUUACCACCAGUGGCACGCUCAAGAUCUCUGACUUGGGUGUGGCUGAGGCCCUGCACCCUUUUGCUGAGGACGACACGUGCAGGACAAGCCAGGGCUCCCCAGCGUUCCAGCCACCUGAGAUUGCCAAUGGCCUGGACACUUUCUCUGGCUUCAAGGUGGACAUCUGGUCGGCUGGCGUUACCCUAUACAACAUCACAACAGGCCUGUACCCCUUCGAAGGGGACAACAUCUACAAGUUGUUUGAGAACAUCGGGAAAGGGGACUACACGAUCCCAGGUGACUGCGGUCCCCCACUCUCGGACCUGCUGAAAGGGAUGCUGGAAUAUGAGCCGGCUAAGAGGUUUUCCAUCCAGCAGAUCAGGCAGCAUAGCUGGUUCCGGAAGAAGCACCCACCAGCUGAGGAGCUGGUGCCCAUCCCGCCAAGCUCAGACUGCAAGGACCGGUGGCGCAGUAUGACUGUGGUGCCCUACCUGGAGGACCUUCAUGGCUGUGCUGAUGAUGAGGGGGACGAGGACCUCUUUGACAUCGAGGAUGACAUCAUCUACACUCAGGACUUCACAGUGCCUGGACAAGUCCCAGAAGAAGAGGCCAGUCAGAACGGACAGAGUUGGGGCCUGUCCAAGACCAUGUGCAUGAAUGGUACUGAUUCGGCGCAGCUGAGCACCAAAUCAAGGGCAGAGCGCCGGGCCAGUGCAGUCUCCAACCCUGCCCGCAAGGCCUGUUCUGCCAGUGGCAAGAUCCGUCGGCUGUCAGCCUGCAAGCAGCAGUGAGGGCGGUUGGCUGUAGCCCAUCUCUGGGAGUCCUGGCCAGAUGCCAUGGCCCGGGUCCUCAGUCUUCCCGACGACUGCCGGCCCACUGCCCACCGCCCAGGAAGGCCACUGCCAUACCCUUCGUGCUGACCACUCCUCCGGAAGCCAGG